CAGAAUCUGCCUCCAAAACUACACUGUCCGCAUUCCCGAUUCUUGGUUUCCUGUUUCACCAAGAGCCAAAAAUGGCUCCCACCAUGGGUCUGGCGCUUGCCCUCAAAAGGCGACCUGUCGCACUCGCAGUGUGCGGCCGGGGGCUCCUUUUCCAUACGCUUCGGGUGAUCGAUCACCUCGACAUACCGUCUUGGCUCAGCCCUCGCACCUACACUUUGCGCUUCCUCCGUCUAGCACCUCCUUUGCGCGUCCCGCGCUCCCUCCAGCAUGUCGAGACAUCAGCGCUGUCUAACCGAUCCGGCCGAUUCAGACGCCUCGUUCUCUCCCGACGAUGACGACGAACUGUUCGAGCUUGACAAUUUCGAAGGCGUCUCGGACAGCGACGCGACGACCGUUGAGGACCUGGACGUCGAUGACGAUCUCGACGCGGAGAUCGACGUCGAGGAUCAGAUGCAGCUCUUCGGUGGGAAUGUCCACCCCCCAGAAUACUACCAGCGGGCGGUGGAGGAAUUCAACGAGAGCGCCUUCGACUGCGAGGAUUACAGUUCGGGGACGAACUUGCUCUUGGAUACUGUGGAGGAGCAGUGGCGCUCGUACUGCAAUGUCCUCCAGCGCGAACCCCAACAAUGUUUUGGGUCCCUCUCGAUCCGCCUGCUCUACAACUUCUUCGACUGGAAGCUGAACCAGAAAGUCAAUAAGGACGGCAGGAAGCUGCGCGGGACGAAAAAGAAGAGCUCUUUAGGUACCUACUGGAAGAUCUUUCGACUUGUUGUUGAGAGAGCUGUGAGCGACAAGAUCGACCCCAAGUUGAAUCGCAGCAUGCACAAGGUCCUCAGGGCACUGGCGAAGAAGCAUGGGCUGAGCGACCAGAGGCGAGCCAACCGCUGUAUGACAGUUGACAACCUAAAACAGCAAAUCGAGACCACGUUGAGCACGACAAAGAAGUCAUUCAAGCUUGGCGAGUUACGGAUCCUCGCCGUGCUCUUCCUCCUCCUGCUUGCUCCGGCCGGUGCUCGCCCAACGUCGAUCUUACGGCUCCGCUUCGCAGACAUCCUGGUCGUGCUGUCGCGGGAUCCGGAGGGCGGGCCGCAUAACCUUUUGAUCAAGUUUACCUUGGCGUUCACCAAAACAUACCUCGGCGAGAAGGAUGCAAAGACCUACCCGCUACCCGAGACACUAUUCGAUGAAUCCUUACUCCUCAGCCCCCACGUCUUCCUCCUAGGCAUCUUGUUCCGCCACCGAGCAUUCCGCGCCCCCAGCCUCACCUCGCCGCACCACUUAGAUAACCUGGAUAUCCACCCUGGCGAGCUGGAGAUGUUGUUGCCGCUGAGGGAGGAUCUGAACGGCAUUUACGUGUUCCGCCGAGCUGUCCAGACAUUGACGGGUUACGAUAUAUCCGACAACCAAGCCAUAUCCUAUGCGAUGAUGGCGGCGUGGAUAAGACGGAUCGGUGAAAUACUGGGAUUGGAAAUUCCAACCAUCCCGUACAAUCUACGCUACAAUGCUGCCAAUGAGUGGACAUCAAGCCCCGACGUCAGUGAGGCUCUUCGCAACCUUGCGAUGGACCAUGCCAACUCGGUCCCGCUCCAAAGGCACUACCUCGGGCGCGAGUUGGACAAGGAUCUUUUCAGCAUCCUGAAGGGCACAAAGUCACAGCAUGCGCUCGUCAAGCAAUCCUGCAGUGUCGGCCACUCCAUUAGCAAGCGCCGACCGAUUGAUCUUACACCCGAGCAGGCUGCUUCAGUCAACAGCCAUCCGCUGAUUCGGCGUCUUACGCGAGGCCUCCAGGCGUUCCGUCGGGGAUCCCAACAGUACAAGGAGGCCCGCCGUCUGUUGCGGAACGAGAAGCAGCGGUUGAAGAGGGAGCUUAAGCAAAAAAUUCGGGACGACUGGACGGCCGAGCAAGCCGUGGACGAUAUUGAACGCCAACUCAAGGGCCUUGGGUUUGCCAAACCUACAGCGCACACGUCAUGCCGUCCCCAGCGACCAGCACAAAAGCGAUUAGUAGAAGCUCUCGCGGCCCCGGCCGUAACCGAUCUCGACGGGCAGUACCGGCGGAGGAAUCACGCCGUCGAUGCUGUCGUCGCAUAUUGCGUUGUCGAGGAAGGAUGUACCGUCCCCCGGAGACUUGCAACGUCGACGGUGCCGGCUCGUCGCUGCCCUAGUCCUGAUCCACCAGCCGAUAACCUCGUACGUGCCGCCACGAUGUCGGUCUUCGUCCGCAGCGUGAAGGAGAGGCCGCGGAGAUGCUUCCUCUGCGUUGGCAAGGCAAUUUUCCUUUCGCUAGAUGAUCCUCAUAUCGAAGAUCUUGUUCGGGAGUUCUAUACCUCGGGCGAUCUGAGCAAGCACUUCCGGCGUAAACACCUGUCUAAGCUGCAGGCCGGCGACAGCAGUCACUGCCGGGUCUGCGACAUGACGCUCCAACAUAAAAUGCACCUUCAGAACCAUGCCCUCAAGAUUCAUGGGACCGUGUCUUGAUCUUUGUACCUCGAAUGUCCGCAUCGAAUGGAUCUUUCUUUCUUUUUCGUGACAGUGGAUAGACCCGUAUAAUAGAACUAUAUAAGUUGUUUUGCCAGCGCACUACUUUUUAACCUCACAGGUGGUCACGCAUCUAAUAAGAUAAACAUUU